AUGAGUUGUUGGUCGGCUCGGAAACCGAAACACACCACUUUUAAACGGACAGAGAGACGCGGAAACCGAAAGACCCGUUUCGGAUUCAACGAAGCACACUGUACACGGCCUAUUCAAUGCGUGGAAGCUGUCUACCUCAAAUCAACCUUCGCGACAAAGCUGGUUGACGCAGUAUUGGAAGGAGGAGUGGCUACCGUGGCGACCACGCUUAGCCCAGCCGCUUUCGAAAGACAGAAGAAAGAGGACGAAAGACAGAAGAAAGAGGAACUCGAAGCCCAAAAAGACGAAGGUCAAUCCACAGACAAUGCCGCUGCAGACGAUACCCAGUACAACGAUGAUUGGGGCACAGAACAAAAUGCUGGCAACCCUUGGGGUGGCACCACCAGCGAUGAUUCUGCUGGUAACCCUUGGAGUGGCACCAGCGAAGCGGUAAAUGAGGAGGCAGGUCCAGCCCCAGCCUUUGAUGAUGAUGCAGUCCCAGCCUCAGCCUUUGAAGAUGAUGAAGGCCCAGCCUUUACACCCAACGAUCAGGGAGCCGCUGGCCAAACCUGGAAACAGUUGCGAGAACAGAUGCACGCCGCAGCCAACGCUCCCGAAAACAUGUACUCGACUGCUCGGACCCCUCGUCGACUACUUCCGUCACUGCGAAUCUGA